AUGGCAUCAGGUUUUUAUUUUGCUCUGUUGCUCUGUGUGACCAGUGGACUGCUGGCUGCAGCUCCUGUGACUUCCUGCCCUGAAGGCUGGACUCAGUUCGGCUCUCGCUGUUUCAUCUUCUACUACACUGCGAAGACCUGGAUCGAGGCGGAGAAAACAUGCCUGUCUGUCAGUGGGAAUCUGGCUUCGGUCCACAGUAUUGAGGAUCACACCUUCCUCCACGAGCACAUUCGCAGAGUCGCCGGUACUAACAGACGUACCUGGAUCGGAGGCUUUGAUGCUGUGAAGGAGGGCAUGUGGCAGUGGUCUGAUGGAACCCCAUUCGACUACACACGCUGGAAUAAAGGGCAACCGAACAAUAAUAACAAUAAGGAGCACUGUGCAGAAAUGAACUUUUCUGAAAACUACUGGAACGAUCUGCCUUGUACCUAUUCAUAUUCUUUCGUGUGCUCCAAAAGGCUGUGAGGCGUCUCGCCAUCCUGACAUCAUCUUGAUGCAGCGCAUCUAUAAUCUCUUUGGUUCAGCAAACACAUGAUUCAUUCUCACUUAUUAUUUAUUAUAUGAUAAGUUUUAAACAGAGUUUUAAAUUCAGAAUAACUGACUCACUCAGCUGGACAAAUAUAAAUCACUAAUUUGACUCUUAAUCUGGUAAAUUAUACAAAAAAAAAUACAGGACAUAUUCAAAUACUCAAACAU